AUGUCGUUGCCUUAUCCUUACUAUUUGGCGAAUCAGGAACAAAUUCGAUCCUGUAUGACAGCAAUGGCUACGCCGAGCAGUAGCGGCCUCAACAAUAAUUUCUCGAUUGAGAAUCUUCUAUCGGCACGUCUACCAUUUCCAUUACCACACGUCUCAAUGACACCUGAAAUGUUCCAUCCGAGUGCACAAUGGUCGAUUGCGGCUUAUCCGUUUUUACAUCAUGGACUCGUGCCAACACCAAUUAUGACGUCAUUCUUGCCUUCGUUCCACUUCAGCGGCAAACGAAAACGUCGACAUCGUACGAUUUUCUCCGAGGAACAAUUACAGGUAUUGGAAGCGACUUUCACGGAAACACACUAUCCCGAUGUAUCGUUACGUGAGAAACUUGCUAUACAAUGUGAUCUAAAAGAGGAACGGGUAGAAGUCUGGUUCAAGAAUCGGCGCGCCAAGGAGCGCAAGCAGAAACGGGAGACGGGCAAGGAGGGCGCUGUACAAAAGAUUACCGCCUCGGACGAGAGUGACUGUGACUUGAGUGACGAGGACGAUGCGGCACGAGCAAAACGGGCGAAAAUCGCCGUCGCCAGCGACACGACGACGGCGACUGCCGUCAAG